AUGGCGACACAAGCGCGUGGACCCCCGGGAGCAGUGCCCGCGAACAAGGAGGGCGCCCCCAACAGGACCCUGUACGUCCGCAACCUCAACGACAAGCUGCCCAAGCAGGACCUCAAGCGCAACCUCUACAUGCUGUUCGCCACCUACGGCGUCAUCCUCGACGUGGUCGCCCUCAAGACCAUGAAGAUGCGCGGCCAGGCGCACGUCGUCUUCCGCGACAUCGACUCGUCCACCCAGGCCAUGCGCGCGCUGCAGGGCUUCACCUUCUUUGGCAAGGACAUGCAAAUCGCAUACGCAAAGACAAAAUCAGACACAAUAGCCAAGCUCGACGGCUCCUUCAAGAUGCCUGAGCCCGAUCUCCCCGAGAAAGAGACAGAGGUCGCGUCCGCGCAAUCCACUGGCUUCGGUGCCGCCCUGGCAAAGGCCGUGCCCGUCAACGAGCAGGACAGAGCAAAGGGGCAGAAGAGGAAGGCAGAGGACGAGGAGAAGCAGGACGAGGACGAGGAUGAGGACGAGGAUGCUGAGAUGGAGAUGGACUCGGACUCGGACUAG